AUGGAAACCUCGGAGAUCGAGUAUUGCGAACACUGCGAGGUUACAGCAAAGGAGCUGAUAUACACAUUCCCGACCAACCCCGCGAAAGACUGGGCCCAAGCCUACGAGCCGAUAUCCAGCCUCGUUGUCCAUACAUACGUAGUCGAGGGCGAGUACUACGGCACCUUUGACGGGCCUUUCUUCCCUCUGCUCGAAGACGACGAGCUGCGGCUGUCGCAGCCGGGCACGUAUCCGAACCGGCGCGUCUGGCGCAUCGGCACGGAAGCAGACGUCGCGACGUGGUUCAACGCUGAGAUCUCAGACGUCGUCCUUGCCGCGUGGCCGACCCACCCAAUGGUCCUGCAAAAUUCGCACAUGAGGGCGCCGCAUUUCUCGCAGUCACGCCACCAGGUUGUCGACUCGACCUACACCAUUGCGAUGAACGUGCCGAUACAGAAGAUUCCGGUUGCUGUUGGCGAGUUCAAACACUGCAUGAUUGACGCCACCGAGUGGCAGAGCGGCAGGCUGAGAAGCGACGCGCAGAAGACGCUCUCCAGAGAGCUGCGAGGAUACGCAUGCAUGUACCAGUGUCCACAGGUAUUCUGCUUCGAUGGCCACACCCUGCUCAUUCUGCAGUUUCGGGCAUCCAAACCACAGAAGAUGAUCAGGAAGGAUUUGGGCGUCGACUGCUGGGUGCUUCCGCGGCGGAACGGAGAUAACGGCGGCAUCCAGCUACGCGCGGCGCUGUAUCGGUUGAUUGCGCAAGGCUUCCGGCGGUGCCAGGUCAUCGACGGGCCGGUGGUGCCGGUCGGCGGCAUCUUCCCCACGGGUCGCGAGUUCUUCUCGGGCCUCCCGCUGUGGCUCGACAAGCAGCGCCACCACCCACUCGGCUACUUCCGCUGUGCUGACAUUUAUCACGGAUCGCUGUAUUGGGGCUACGGGGAUGAACCGGUUGUGGAUGGCGAUGGCCAUGCCGUCUGGGACAGCAUUUCGUGGUGGGAACAUGAGGAUGAAGACUGA